AUGAUGUCGCUUUAUAACGAGAUCCUCACGUCAUCAAAAUUCCUGCGUAUAACAGAAUUCAACAGUUCUUACGCUUGAGAGACCGUGUACAUGGAAGACAUUGCUAUGAACGGGAGUAAUUUCUCUAAUUCCGUUUGGGAAUCGGCGGUUCCACCAUCUCUGCAAUUUGCUUUUGGAGUAAUUGGAAACACAAUCGCUUUAAUUGUUUUAGUAUGCACUUCAACUUCUCAUAAAUGGCAGACAUUUUACAAACUGGUUGGAGGGUUAGCAAUAACAGACGGUGGCGGUAUUCUGCUCAUGUAUCCGCCUAUCUUAGCCAGAUACGCCACGGACUUCACUUUUGACUUUCCAAACACGCUUUGUGCGUACAAUUCCUUUCUGUCCUCAUUCACAAUUCUGUCGUCUGCGAUGAUCGUCUGCGCCAUGUCCAUAGAUCGCUGUAUGGCCGUGUACUUUCCUUUUCAUUACAAUUCAGAGAGAGGAGAUAGGAAGCGGGCCGUCGUGAUGCUGAUAGCCAUUUGGACCGUGGGAGGUUUGAUUUCAAGUUUACAUUUGAUGGGUUUAGGAUCCGUAUACUACUUUUACCCAGGUUCUUGGUGUUUUCUGAAUUUCAUCAGUGACAAUACUCUGGAAUUAGUAGAUUCCUUUAUAUACUCAGGAGUAGGCUUUACCGUCCUCCUUGUUACUGUGUUUCUUAACGUGUCAGUGAUAGCGGCGUUUGUCAGGGAUAUUAACCACACUGACGGUCACCUCCAACGUGUCAAAAAAGAUGUGUACAACGUCAUAUUCCUGUCUGUCAUUGUUGUCGUCUCCAGCCUGUGCUGGACGCCAUUAAUGUGGAGAAUAUUUUCAAUAGCCUGUAAACUAAGUCAUGAAAAUCAGGACCUGGAACUUCUAGUUCUGAGAUUAGCUGUGACGAACUCUAUAAUAGACCCCUGGAUCUAUAUACUCCUGCGGAAGGAGACAGUGCAGUAUCUUCAUAGAAAAGUAGUGCGGUGUAAAGGUGCUGGUGAUCACAAUCAACAACGUAAUAAGUGCACACCACCGAACUCCGAAUUGUCAAAAACCAGCUCUCACCCUGUGAGAUACAGUACAUCGCAUAAUAGAUAGAUGUCAUACCGAGUGUUUAUAAAUAAACUUAGCUCUCACCCUGUGAGAUACAGUACAUCGCCUAAUAGAUAGAUGUCAUACCGAGUGUUUAUAAAUAAACUUAGCUCUCACCCUGUGAGAUACAGUACAUCGCCUAAUAGAUAGAUGUCAUACCGAGUGUUUAUAAAUAAACUUAGCUCUCACCCUGUGAGAUACAGUACAUCGCCUAAUAGAUAGAUGUCAUACCGAGUGUUUAUAAAUAAACUUAGCUCUCACCCUGUGAGAUACAGUACAUCGCCUAAUAGAUAGAUGUCAUACCGAGUGUUUAUAAAUAAACUUAGCUCUCACCCUGUGAGAUACAGUACAUCGCAUAAUAGAUAGAUGUCAUACCGAGUGUUUAUAAAUAAACUUUGAUGUAUUAGAAUGCUUCACUUCCACAAUGCCCUCAUGGGUAUUAUUUUUAUGUUGGGUUUCACAUCUAUACCAUGUUGUUCAUACGCAUGUUCUGCAUACAUACUAAUGUUGAAA